GCAUUCCCGGUUCAGGACCUGUAGCAAGGUCCAUGGGCUGCACACAAUUAAUCCGAAUACGGUACGGCUCGUGCGUAAACGGCCUGAUUGCGGUAGAGGGCGUCGGUGCCAUAGCGGCGACGGUGCCUGCAGACCAGAGGGGAGGGGAGAAAGAGAGGGGAAGAGGGAGGGAGGUAAGGCGGAUCUUAGUUAGACGAAACAGACCACACAUUUGCAAUAGAAGUACCGUAACCGUUUAGUUCAAACGCUGUUUUCUACGGUCCUGCGACUCUCUACUUUUGCCAGCCUGUGCGUGACCUUUUGACGCCAGGUGCGUCGCAGAGGACGAGGCGGUCUGGAUACGGCGACCCGCCGCUCGGACGUCCAAGGUGAUAGAAGUCAACUAAUACUCUACUUCAGGGCUAUUGUAUUCUUACCAGAAAGAAUAGGAGUCUGCUUGUGCCAUGCGCUAAUACAGAGGGUUUGUGAAGCCAUUUUCAGCAGGUGACUGUCCUCUGAGUUCACCUCCCCUUCCAGGAUGAACGGCUACGCCCCACCCUCCUUCCCCCAGGGAGGGUUCGACUCAUACACCUCACAACUCAAUGGUCAUGGUUCCCAGUCCACAGAGCCUCCAGAUUGCAACGCCAGGUCCAACACCAAGUCCAUCUCUAAAGCCCUUUACGAACAACGGAAGAACUACACCAAAAACAGCAUCAACAGUAUGACGAACACCUCGCAGUACCAUGUUGAGCACCUGACCACAUUUGUUCUGGACAGGAAGGAAGCCAUGAUCAACACUGAGGAUGGAAUCAGGAAGCUCCGCCUGCUGGAUGCCAAGGGGAAGGUAUGGACCCAGGACAUGUUGCUGCAGGUGGAGGAGAAGACAGUCAGCCUCAUCGACCCAGAGACCAAGAAUGAGUUGGAGAACUUUCCCUUGGGGACCAUCAUGCACUGCCAGGCAGUGAUGUCAUCCUGCAACUACGACUCCAUCUUGGCUCUGGUGUGUAAGGAGCCGGGCCAGGGCAAACCAGACCUGCACCUGUUCCAGUGUGACGACAUCAAGGCCAACCUGAUCCAGGCUGAUAUAGAGGGGGCCAUGAUGGAUCAGAAGGGAGGCAAGGUGAAGAAGAGACCUGAAACACUACGGAUGAUUCUGAAGAGUGACGGGGUCAUCCCGCCGCCCCCCGAGGCGCCCGCCCCCGAGCCCCCCGCCACCCUCACCCAGGUGGACGUGAGGAGUCGUGUGGCAGCCUGGUCAGCCUGGGCGGCGGAGCAGCAGGACUAUGAUAAACAGCCUCAGUAUUCUGACCAGAAUGAACCUUCGGAGAUGAUGGCUACCAGAGUGGAUCGAGACGUGCAAAUCCUGAACCACAUUCUGGACCACAUCGAGUUCUUCGUGACCAAACUGCAGAAAGCGGCUGAGGCCUUCAACGAGCUCUCUAAGAGGAAGAAAUCUAAAAAGAACAAGAAGAAGGGACCCGGAGAGGGAGUGCUAACACUGCGAGCCAAGCCUCCCACUCAGGAGGAGUUUGUUGACUGUUUCCAGAAGUUCAAACAUGCCUUCAACCUGCUGGGGAAGUUGAAGUCCCACAUCCAGAACCCCAGCGCUGAUGAUCUGGUCCACUUCCUGUUCACACCACUCAGGAUGGUGAUCCAGACCUCUGGAGGGACAGAGCUGGCUAAGAGCGUGGUGGUUCCUCUGUUGACCAUAGAGGCUAUAGACUUCCUGCACUCAGCUGGGACGGCCGAGGAAAGACACCUGUGGGUUGCCCUGGGGGAGGGGUGGACCAAGUGCAGGUUGGAGUGGCCUAAGGACCACUACUUCCCUCCGUGUACACUGCAGUUCCGUGAUGGUUGGGAACCUCCCAUGAUGCCGUUCGUCCCCCAAUCACGAGAGGCAGAGCUGAAUCAGCUGACCCAGACCCUCGCCCACUCUGAGAUCCUUAGACAGGAGGAGAUUGUUCACAGGCUGUCUACUGAGCAUCCGGGUGUACAGGACUUCCAGUCUUCACAAGGGUAUGCAUUGGACAACAAGGCCUACAAACGCAUGCACCUCUCGGACCAGGGCAUGGCCGUGCAGGCCUUCAACCAGGCCGUCUCACGACACGUAGACCGGAACUACGAGGCCCACGGCAGCAGAGGUCAGCCAAAACUGUUUGCCAAAUCCAAGUAUGACUUUGUGGCCAGAAACAACACAGAGCUGUCAUUGGUAAAGGACGAGGUUGUGGAGGUGCUGGAUGACAGGAAGCAGUGGUGGAAAGUGUGUAACUGCUCCGGGGCGUCUGGCUAUGUGCCAAACAACAUCCUGGAGGUCACCAAGGCUGUGGACGUCACGGUGAGGGGGGAACCCAUCUAUAGCCAUACUAUACAGAAACAGCGGACGGACUACGUCCCCAAACCCAUGGCCACCCCCACGCCCCCCAUCCCCACACCCCCCAUCCCCACACCCCUCCCUCCUGCCCCGCCACGUCUCCCCACCCCUCCCCUGCCCCCCCCGGCCGAACCCCCCCGCCCCCCUCCCAGCACGGUGAGCAGACAGAGCAGCAACACCUCCAGCGACUCCGGAAGCAUCCCAGCCAGCGUCACCAUGAGAGACCACCCAAACCAGAGACCCCCGCCAGUCAACCGGAGGAAGUCCAAUAUGGAGGAGGUUCAGGACGAGUUGAUGCACCGCCUCACGUUGGGUCGAAGCGCCAACAAGAAGUUUGCUGUUCCUGCUCGCAGCACCUCCCUCCCGUCCGUCAACAUCACGUACGACUCCUCCCCUGACGAGGUCAAGGCCUGGCUGCAGCUGAAGGGGUUCAGCUCUGUUACCAUUACCAGUCUGGGAGUGUUAACCGGAGCCCAGCUGUUCUCUCUCAAUAAGGAGGAGCUGAAGACGGUGUGUCCAGACGACGGGGCCAGGGUCUUCAGUCAGGUGACCGUCCAGAAGGCUGCUCUGGAGAGGAGUUCAGGGUCAGAGCUGCAGGAGAUCAUGCGGAGGCGUCAGGAGAAGCUGUCGGUCACAGCCUGUGACUCAGGGGUGGAGUCAUUUGACGAGUGCAGCAGCCACUGAACCCUCCGGGCCUCGCCCACCUCCCUCAUACCACGCCCCUUUACGUUGUCACGGUUUCUGUUUCCAGGACGCCACGGAGCGCGCUCAGUUCGCUGAGAUCCUGAGACGACGUCAGCAGCUUCUGGAGCAGUCACCUUAGAAGCGAAGCAACACUAGACAGACAGACUGGAGGGUUCAACAUGGACUACAGCACACAGAGUUAGCAUCCCAACUGGGGAUGUCUGAUCACAAUACCUGUGGAUUUAUACACUUACACUUAAAUGAACUAUUGUUUUUGAUUCAAAUGUGUCCGUUAUGUCUUGCACAGGAUGCUGGGAAAAAUAGAAGGAGAAAAUAGUUUCAACCUACACCUCAUUGGGCCAGAGUUGUCCUAGUUACAGGUGGGGGUGGGGGGGGGGGGGGGGUGUAGGAUAACACUGGACACAGAAUGGAUCAGGUGUGGUCUUGGGGGUGGGGGUAGGAUAACACUGGACACAGAAUGGAUCAGGUGUGGUCUUGACCUACAGACGAAAUAGAACCGACCAAAAUAACCAUGGUCUGUGUAUAGAUUCUGAUCUACAGUAUUUCAGUUAUGAAUGAUAAGAUGUUUAUAAUAACCAAACGUUGAAUAUAAUCAUUAUUGUGUAAAUCUUCUGGUUUACUGGUAAAGAGAAUAAUAUUAUAUUUAUGUAUAUAUCCUCUUUUAUGUUAUGGUAAUAUGCCAAAAUAGUAACUUGACAUAUAAAUGACAUUGGUCAAAUGAAUUUCAGAUACAGGUGUUUAAGAGUGUAAAGAUGUUUUCUCUCAUAAGGUGCAUCAGAUCAUUUUGACUGAUAAACAUGCUUCCAUUUAA